AUGCAGCGCUCGGCAUUUCUCAUACUCUCGUUACUGAGCACGCUGGUCCUGUCUUGGCCUUACGACGAAUCACUAACUGAUUAUAAUGUUAACGAGAACCAAUCUGCGACAGCCCCCAUCGAUUACUGGGGAGAUUGGCCAGACCAUGAAUACCACCCAUCGCCAGAUAAUUGGCGAUUUCCGAUUUACACGAUUUUCCUCGACAGGAUCUCCAACGGCGACCCGACCAACGAUGAUAUCAAUGGGACAACCUUCGAGCAUGUGCUCGACUCAAAUCAAAUGCGCCACGGCGGAGAUUUAGAGGGACUAUUGGAUACUCUCGAUUAUAUUCAGGGAAUGGGCUUUAAGGGUAUUUAUUUCGCCGGAACUUAUUUGAUGAACCUACCAUGGGCUUACGAUGGCUAUUCACCGACCGAUACCACCCUUCUCGAUAUGCACCACGGCACACUUGAGGACUGGAGGCGAACAAUCGCGGAGAUUCAUAAGCGGGAUAUGUACGUCCUGGUGGACAAUACGGUAGCAACACUGAGUAAUCUGAUCGGGUUCAAAGGCCACUUGAACGACUCGGCCGAUUUCAAUCCCCACGAAUACGAAGUCGAAUGGGUCACCGAGAGACAAUACGCCGACUUCCAAUUCGGAAACGACUAUAAUGAAACGUGCAAUUUUCCCAAAUUCUGGGACGAGACUGGUUAUCCAAUCACUUCCGGCGGGCCCGAGGUCUUGAAGGGUUGCUACAACUCAGAUUUUGAUCAGUUUGGAGAGUUGGAGGCGUUUGGAAAUUUCCCUGACUGGCAGCGCCAGCUCACGAAGUUCGCCUCAGUACAGGAUCGGUUACGUGAAUGGCACAAACCGAUCCGCGAUAUCAUCACUCAACAUUCCUGUGCUCAAAUCGCGAGCUUGGAUGUUGAUGGUUUCCGUUUUGAUAAGGCUGUGCAAACGACCCUCGAGCCUUUGAGUGAAAUAACUGCUGUCUACCGUGAAUGUGCAAAGAAGUACGGCAAGCACAACUUCUUUCUUCCUGGUGAGAUCACAGCCGGAGAUACCUUCGGCAGUCUGUACUUGGGCCGUGGACGUCAACCAAAUCAGCGACCAAACUCUGCAGGUGCCGGCGCCAAGUUGACCAAUAACUCGGAUGAGGCUUUCCUGAGAGACAAUGGCUUGCAAGCGUUGGAUGCCUCGGCAUUUCACUAUACCAUCUAUCGUUCAAUGACCCGCUUCCUGGGAAUGGAUGGUAAUUUGGUGGCGGGGUUUGACCUGCCUACCGAUUUCAUCGAAGCGUGGAAUGACAUGCUCAUCACGAACGAUUUCAUUAAUGCGUUCACAGGAGAGCUGGACCCGAGGCAUAUGUACGGUGUCUCCAACCAGGAUAACUUCCGCUGGCCGUCAAUCAAGAACGGAACAGAGAAGUAUCUCCUGGGCCUGUAUAUUGUCACACUGGAGCUGCCAGGAAUUCCUUUGAUUCUGUGGGGUGAAGAGCAGGCAAUGUAUGUGUUCGAUGCCACUGCAUCGAACUAUCUGUUCGGACGACAGCCCAUGACCUACCAGACUGCGUGGUGGACAAAUGGCUGCUUCAAUCUCAACACGUCAAAGUUUUAUGAUUUCCCGAUUGACAAGGGCCGUGAUGGUUGCAACGAUAUCACCGUCACCUAUGAUCAGCGGAAUCCUGCCCAUCCCCUUCGCAACCUCAUGAAGCGUAUGUUCGAGAUUCGAGAACAUUAUCCGGUCGCAAAUGAUGGCUUGUAUCUCAGUACAAUCUCUCAACUCACUGAGGAUAUCUACUUGCCUGGAUCAUCCACAACUCCCACCGUCACUGGUCUGUGGUCAGUCUUGCGGAGCUACUUCCCAGGAGUCCAAAAAGAAGCCAGCGAGACCAACCAGACCAUGUGGCUGGUGUAUCAAAAUGGAAACAAGACGGAAACCUAUGGCGGUGACUGUAGCAACAAGAGUGUUGCCCUGCUGUCUCCAUUCGUAUCCGGGACGAAGUUAAAGAAUCUGUUUUAUCCAUAUGACGAGCUCACUCCUCAAGAUGGACCCAGGGACAGUUCCUAUGGCUGUGUGAAGAGCAUGGAACUUCUUCCUUGGGAAUACCGGGCGUAUGUGAAGAAGGCCGACUUUGUGGAGCCUGGUCCGACUGUCACUGACUUCUCGCCUGGUCACGAUGCUCGGCUAAUCUCUUCACAAGACAUUGGCGAGACUCUGCCAAUCGAGCUUGGCUACUCGACGGAGAUGGAGUGUGGUAGCAUCACCAAGGCGAUCAGUCUGAACUCGACGACCGAGAAUGGACUCACUGCCUCGUUUGAUAAAGACAGCGUGCGCUGCAAGAAGAUAUCUGCCCGCACCACCAGCAACAACUUCAUCGGCGAGGUUCCCACUGUGUGGGUUUGGUCCGCGAACCUGACGAAUGUCCAUCACGGAAUUCAUCAACUUACUGUCGGCAAUGUUUCCUCGUUGGGAGUCUACACCAACUCGACCGACAAGUUCCUCUUCCGUGUUGGUCUCGAGAACAACCCGUUAAUCACUCCUCUCUCCAACUACUCUACCAGCCUGCUUCACAAAUCCAAUGGUCAAUUCCACAUCCAGCAUAGUGCUGCAGGCGCGGAUCAGUUCCGAUACUCGACUGAUUUUGGGAGUACAUGGUCCAAGUGGACUUCCUAUGAAGGUGGUAACACGACCAUUGAACUCUCGACUUUCAUGGGAACAGACAAGCAGAAGUGGAAGGGCACUCAUGUCCGCGUUCAGUACUUUUCUCGACUCACCGGGAGCAGCGAUUACAUCCAGGAGGGUGAUUAUGGAUGGGAGAGCGAUGGAGUCCGUAGGUUCCCUCACUUGUGGUUCAACGGCCCCUAUAAUCAAUACGGCUACGACCAAGGACUGGACAGCGAAAUGAAAUUCGACACCAAAACUUCUCGAUGGAACUACGACUUCGUCUAUGAGUGGCCAUCGGUCGGGCAGUUGAAUGUCUGGGGUAUUGACAAAGGGGGUAUUCCUGAUACGACAGAAGUUUACGGUGACGUUGGGAACUCGUCGAACGUGCAAAAGCUCCCUCCAUCUUACUUGUCCUCCAACGUCAUCAACAUUACCAAUCUGCCUCCGUUCCCCCACCUCGGUUGGAAGAUCUCGCUCAAUGAUGCCAACCUCAGGUAUCAGUUGAUCCCGAUCGGUAGCGGCUGGGCUCAACUUGUCCUUUAUGUUCUUCUCUGGGUUGUCCCGAUAUUGAUGGGGCUGGCUGGCAUUUUGAUCUUCAUCCAGACUUUUUAUCGCGUGAAGCUGAACAAGGAUGGCAAUGUCGUUAAAGAUGAGAAGCUACCAGUGGUUCUUUACCGCAGAGUCAAGGACAAGCUUUCUGGGCAGAAAGAUCUUGAGAGUAUUGCUGAGAAGGAUGUACCAACUGACAUUGCCGCGGCGGGUGCAAACGAUCAAAGACGCACUGUAUUGAUCGCAACCAUGGAGUAUGAUAUCCAGGACUGGAACAUCAAGAUCAAGAUUGGUGGGCUCGGAGUUAUGGCCCAGCUCAUGGGUCAAAAUCUGAAGCACCAGAACCUCAUCUGGGUGGUACCAUGCGUCGGUGAUGUGGAUUAUCCUGUAGACACUCCCGUUGAGCCAUACGUUGUCACUAUCCUGGACAACCCCUACUUGAUCAAUGUGCAGUACCACAUCGUGGAUAACAUCACCUAUGUCCUGCUGGAUGCUCCUGUUUUCCGACAACAAACCAAAGCGGACGUCUACCCACCUCGGAUGGACGAUCUUCCCUCGGCAAUCUAUUACUCUGCGUGGAAUCAAUGUAUCUCAGAGACAAUCAAGCGAGCGCCUAGUAUCGACCUGUACCACAUUAACGACUUCCACGGGUGCUUAGCGCCACUCUAUUUGCUGCCGACACGAACCAUCCCCGUGUGCCUGUCUUUGCAUAAUGCCGAGUUCCAGGGCCUUUGGCCACUGAGAACCCAAAAGGAGAAGAAGGAAGUGUGUUCUGUCUUUAAUCUUCCGAUCGAGAGAGCGACCAAAUACUGUCAAUUCGGCAACGUCUUCAAUCUUCUUCACACCGGUGCUAGCUAUUUGCGAUUCCACCAGCGUGGGUAUGGCGCGGUGGGUGUAUCCAACAAAUACGGCAAGCGCUCAUGGGCCCGUUAUCCCAUUUUCUGGAGUCUGAACAACAUCGGCAGUCUACCAAACCCUGACCCAGCCGACACCAAGAAGGAAGAUGUGCAGAUUGCGGUCCAGACAGAUGCGGAAUCCAACAAUGAUAAGCUCCGGGCACAGAUAUGGGCAGGGCUUAAAGAGGAUGCCAGGGCGGAUCUACUUGUGUUCGUCGGUCGGUGGUCAAAGCAAAAGGGAGUGGACCUAAUUGCCGAUAUUCUGCCCAGCGUUUUGUCUGCUAGACCAAACGUGCAGGUUAUCUGCAUUGGUCCUGUCAUUGAUUUAUAUGGAAGACUGGCUGCUGUCAAGUUGGAGCGCAUCAUGGCAAUGUUCCCGGGUCGUGUGUUCUCCAAGCCCGAGUUUACGGUCCUUCCUCCUUUCGUUUUCUCUGGUGCCGAUUUCGCUUUAAUUCCAUCCCGUGACGAGCCAUUUGGUCUGGUGGCAGUGGAAUUCGGACGUAAGGGUGCACUCGGCAUCGGUGCACGUAUUGGAGGUCUCGGGCAGAUGCCUGGCUGGUGGUACACCGUGGAGUCUGAUUCAGCUCACCAUCUCUUGCACCAGCUUAGAACUGCUAUUGGGUCUGCUUUGGAUUCGUCACCCAAGACUCGGGAGGAAAUGCGUGUCAACUCGGCCAAGCAGAGGUUCCCUGUUCUUGAAUGGGUCCAAAAGCUCGAGGUCUUACAGCGAACCGCAAUCCACACUCAUCACGACAAGAACAAGGACACCGUCCGAGACCCAUUACGGGAAUCUCAAAUUUACUGGGGCAUACAGGGUCUCCAAUCAGCCCCCGGGUCUCGCCCAACUUCGAAUCAAUUUGCAUCCGCGUCUACGGAAAUGCUCCCGGGAAGAAAUUUUCCGCCCGUUCAACCGUCUCUUCUGGAGCUACAGGCAGUUGAACUCAGAGAGAUGCGGGGGUCUGACCGUAACAGCAGCAGUCCACCUCGCCGACAAUUGUCGCUCGGGCGACGAUCUGGCCCUGGACAAGAAAGGAAACGUCUCGUCAAGAGGUCACUGCGAGAGAGUCAGAUGCUUGAGAGAACGGUCGAAGGCGAUAACACAGAUGCCGACGAUGAAGGUGCUGAGACGCCCCAGGAGAACUUCAUCUCCCCCGAAGAGGCAGUGGCAGCAGUGAAGCGAACCCUUGGAUCCCAAGAUGAUGGUACGCCUUCUCGGAAGAGCAGCAGUCAUUCUCGUAACGAUUCAAACGAUUCCAACCUGUCGGUCUCAGCCUCUUCGCGCCUUGUCUCCCGGGAUUCCUCCCCAAUUAGAUCCCCUGACUUGUCUCGUGACAUUAAUCCCAGUGAGCACAAUCUUCUAACACCCCCACAGAAUGUUUCUGUCCUGUCUUUGCCUUCUGUUGUUGCGGACCACGACGAACCUGUCUUCCACCUGCAAAAGAUCGACCCUACUUUCACGGACAGCAUGGGUCAUUUCACGCGGCGCUUUGAGAAGCAACUCGCCAACCUCAAUAAGAAAAAUUCGGUGACGGACCACUGUAUUGAAGUGUACUUGAUGAAGAGCGAACGGAAGUUCUUCAACAUGUAUACCGACGCGCAGCUGAAAAAGCAGCCCAAAGAACGCCCCUUGACUGGAGGGGGCUUGGAGCAUGUUGUUGAUGACUCGUCGAGCAACGGCUCUCCGCACGUCUCUGGCAAUGAAGAAUCAACUGGAUCAGAUGACAUUGAUCAAUGGCUGUCUCGCCUUGGGUACAAGAGACCCAUCGCCAUCCAGAGAUUCAUGAGAUGGCGUAUUGGCAACUGGCCUGUCUAUGCUCUGUUCUUGGGCCUUGGACAGAUCAUUGCGACAAAUUCGGCGCAGAUAACACUUCUGGUCGGGACAGUUGGUGAGACUGCUGUCAAGCUGUAUGUCAUUGCGGCAAUCUACUGCGUCUCGUCCUUAGUUUGGUGGUUCUUGUUCUACCGCUUCCCGUCUGUGAUUGUUCUCACUCUCCCUUGGUUUAUAUAUUGCAUCUCGUUCAUCAUCAUUGGUGUUUCGCCAUUUGCAUUGUCGAACCUCGGUCAGACUUGGGCUCGGAAUGUUGCAGCAGGUGUCUACUCUGCCGCAUCAUCCAGCGGAUCUCUGUUCUUCGCCCUCAAUUUCGGUGACCAGGGUGCCGUCCCCGUGAAGGAUUGGAUGUUCCGUGCAAGCCUUGUUCAAGGCCUGCAGCAGAUUUACACCGUUGCUCUGUGGUAUUGGAAUUCCAGGGUGACUGCAGUGGAGGUCGGAGGUAUUUCGACGCUCGCCUUGAGUAGUUGGAAACUGACGGCUGUGGUCAUGCCCAUUGCCGCAGUUUGCUUCAUAAUCGGUGUGCUCCUUGCUCUUGGCCUGCCGAAGUACUACCGCCAAGCCCCCGGAAAGAUCCUAUUCUUCUACACCUCCCUUUUCCGUCGUCGCAUCGUUCUUUGGUUCUUCUUCAUGGUUAUCAUUCAGAACUGGUUCCUUGCCUCGGCAUUUGGUCGAAACUGGUCUUUCCUAUGGUCGUCGAAGCACGCGAAAACAUGGGAGAUUGCUGUACUCGUGGUCUUCUUCUUCAUCGUCGUCUGGGUCACAGCGAUGGUCCUUUUUCGCUUCCUGUCGAGAGAGCACUCUUGGAUCUUGCCUGUCUUUGGACUGAGCAUUGGCGCGCCACGAUGGGCUCAGGUAUGGUGGGGAACGUCGAACAUUGGCUAUUACCUUCCUUGGGCUGGGGGUCUCACCUCUGGUGCCAUCGUGUCACGAUGUGUUUGGCUUUGGUUAGGUGUUCUCGAUGAAAUUCAGCAGGUUGGCCUUGGAAUUAUUCUCUUGCAGACGCUGACACGAGUUCACGUCUGCUUCGUCUUGUUGGCCGCGCAGGCUCUUGGAUCUGUUGCCACAAUUUGUGCCCGCGGAUUCGCGCCGAAUAAUACCGGCCCCGCGGGUGUGUCUCCAGAUGUGGGAUCAUCAUUGGACAAAGUCGGAAAUGCGUGGUUCUGGAUUUCUCUUUCCUUCCAGCUCGUGGCAAGCUUUGGCUUCCUUCUCUUCUACCGCCGAGAGCAGCUCAAUCGACCAUGA